AUGAUCGCAGGCUUUUGUGCUGGCACUGAGAACAAGCUGAGCUCCCUGUCUGACCUGGAGCAGCAGUACCGUGCCCUGCGCAAGUACUAUGAGAACUGCGAGGUCGUGAUGGGCAACCUGGAGAUCACCAGCAUUGAGCACAACAGAGACCUCUCCUUCCUGAGGUCUAUCCGAGAAGUCACAGGCUACGUGUUGGUGGCUUUGAACCAGUUUGAAUACCUGCCCCUGGAGAACCUGCGCAUCGUCCGCGGGACCAAGCUCUACGAGGAGCGAUACGCUCUGGCCAUAUUCCUUAACUACAGGAAGGAUGGCAACUUUGGCCUCAGGGAGCUUGGCUUGAGGAACCUGACGGAGAUACUGAAUGGAGGGGUUUAUGUUGGCCAGAACAAGUUCCUGUGCUUUGCAGACACCAUUCAUUGGCAAGACAUCGUGCGAAAUCCCUGGGCCUCCAACUUCACCCUGGUUCCAACAAAUGGCAGCUCAGGAUGUGGUCGGUGCCACAAGUCCUGCACAGGACGGUGCUGGGGACCAACAGAGAAUCACUGCCAGACCUUGACGAAGACUGUGUGUGCAGAGCAGUGUGACGGGCGCUGCUACGGGCCCUACGUCAGCGACUGCUGCCACCGCGAGUGCGCCGGCGGCUGCUACGGACCCAAGGACACCGACUGCUUCGCCUGUAUGAAUUUCAAUGACAGUGGUGCUUGUGUCACACAGUGCCCCCAGACCUUUGUGUACAACCCCACCACCUUCCAGCUGGAGCACAAUCACAAUGCCAAGUACACCUAUGGGGCUUUCUGUGUCAAGAAGUGCCCACACAACUUUGUGGUCGAUUCCAGCUCCUGUGUCCGGGCAUGUCCGAGCUCCAAGAUGGAGGUUGAAGAAAAUGGCAUUAAGAUGUGCAAGCCCUGCACUGACAUUUGUCCUAAAGCAUGUGAUGGCAUUGGGACAGGGAGUUUGGUGUCAGCUCAGACAGUGGAUUCCAGCAACAUUGACAAGUUUGUAAACUGUACCAAGAUCAAUGGCAACCUUAUCUUCCUUGUCACUGGGAUUCAUGGAGACCCGUAUCACACAAUCGCUGCCAUCAAUCCAGAGAAAUUAAACAUCUUCCAAACAGUGAGAGAGAUAACAGGGUAUUUGAACAUACAGUCAUGGCCUGAGAAUAUGACAGACUUCAGGGUGUUUUCUAACUUGGUUACCAUCGGUGGGAGAGCUCUCUAUAGUGGCCUUUCCUUGCUCAUCCUAAAGCAACAAGGCAUCACUUCCCUGCAGUUCCAAUCCUUGAAGCAAAUCAGUGCUGGCAACAUCUACAUCACGGACAACAGCAACCUGUGCUACUACCACACAGUCAACUGGAGCAGCCUGUUCAGCACCCCCAGCCAGAAGACGGUGAUCCACAGGAACAAAAGGGCAGAGAACUGCACUGCUGAUGGGAUGGUGUGCAAUGAGCUGUGCUCCAGUGAUGGCUGCUGGGGGCCAGGGCCAGACCAGUGCCUGUCCUGCAAGCGUUUCAUCAGGGGCAGGACCUGCAUCGACUCCUGCAACCUCUACGAUGGGGAAUUCCGGGAAUUUGCAAAUGGUUCUGUCUGUGUGGAGUGUGAUCCCCAGUGUGAAAAGAUGGAGGAAAACAUGAUCACAUGCUACGGGCCGGGACCUGACCACUGCACCAAGUGUUUCCAUUUCAAGGAUGGUCCAAACUGUGUGGAGAAAUGUCCUGAUGGCUUGCAGGGGGCCAACAGCUUCAUUUUCAAGUACGCCGAUGAGGAUCGGGAGUGCCAUCCGUGCCACCCAAACUGCACCCAAGGGUGCAUAGGGCCACACCUGGAGGACUGCAUUGGGCUGAUGGAUAGGUGUAGAGGCCCCGCUAGUCAUGACUGCAUUUUCUAUCCAUGGACACGGCAGUCCACCCUGCCCCAGCACGCUAGAACCCCCCUGAUUGCUGCAGGAGUCAUUGGUGGCCUCUUCAUCAUCGUCAUCAUGGGCCUGACGUUCGCCGUGUACGUUCGGCGCAAGAGCAUCAAGAAGAAGAGAGCACUGAGAAGGUUCCUGGAGACUGAGCUUGUGGAGCCCUUGACCCCGAGCGGCACGGCGCCCAACCAAGCACAGCUCCGCAUCCUGAAGGAGACAGAGCUCAAGAGAGUCAAGGUCCUGGGCUCUGGAGCCUUUGGAACAGUGUACAAGGGGAUCUGGGUCCCUGAGGGAGAAACAGUGAAGAUUCCUGUGGCCAUUAAGAUCCUUAAUGAGACCACUGGUCCAAAAGCCAAUGUGGAGUUCAUGGAUGAAGCUCUCAUCAUGGCCAGCAUGGACCACCCACACCUGGUGAGACUCCUGGGCGUCUGCUUGAGCCCCACCAUCCAGCUGGUCACUCAGCUGAUGCCUCAUGGCUGCCUCCUGGAUUAUGUCCAUGAACAUAAGGAUAAUAUUGGCUCCCAGCUCCUGCUGAACUGGUGUGUCCAAAUAGCUAAGGGAAUGAUGUACCUGGAAGAGAGGAGACUCGUCCACCGGGACUUGGCAGCCCGAAAUGUCCUGGUGAAAUCACCAAACCAUGUGAAAAUCACUGACUUUGGCUUGGCCAGGCUUUUGGAAGGGGAUGAAAAGGAGUAUAAUGCCGAUGGGGGAAAGAUGCCAAUUAAGUGGAUGGCUCUGGAGUGCAUACACUACAGGAAAUUCACCCAUCAGAGUGAUGUGUGGAGCUAUGGAGUCACCAUCUGGGAGCUGAUGACGUUUGGUGGGAAGCCCUACGAUGGAAUCCCAACUCGAGAGAUCCCCGACCUGCUGGAGAAGGGAGAGCGGCUGCCGCAGCCCCCGAUCUGCACCAUUGAUGUUUAUAUGGUCAUGGUGAAGUGCUGGAUGAUUGAUGCUGAUAGUCGGCCAAAAUUCAAGGAGCUGGCUGCUGAAUUCUCUAGAAUGGCUCGAGAUCCUCAGAGAUACCUGGUAAUUCAGGGAGAUGAUCGUAUGAAGCUCCCAAGCCCAAAUGACAGCAAGUUCUUCCAAAAUCUUCUUGAUGAAGAAGACCUGGAAGAUAUGAUGGAUGCUGAAGAGUACCUUGUUCCUCAAGCGUUCAACAUUCCUCCUCCCAUCUACACCUCCAGGACAAGAAUUGAUUCCAACAGGAACCAGUUUGUGUACCGGGAUGGUGGCUACACUGCGGAGGUGCCAAUGCCCUACAGGGCUCCAGGCUGCAUCAUUCCAGAGGCCCCAGCUGCUCAAGGGGCUACAGCAGAGAUAUUUGAAGACACCUGCUGCAAUGGCACGAUGCAGAAACAGGUGGCAAGCCUGGCAAAAGAGGACAGCAGCACCCAGAGGUACAGCGCUGACCCCACUGUCUUCAUUCCUGAGCGGGUCGUGCGGGGAGAGCUGGAUGAGGAUGGGUACAUGACACCGAUGAGAGACAAGCCCAAAACAGACUACCUAAACCCAGUGGAAGAGAACCCAUUUGUUUCCCGACGGAAGAACGGAGAUCUCCAAGCUGUGGACAACCCAGAGUACCACAACACUCCCAACGGGCAGCCCAAAGCAGAGGACGAGUACGUGAACGAGCCCUUGUACCUCAACACUUUCGCCAACACCUUGGAAAACGCCGAGUACCUGAAGAACAACUUGCCAGAGAAAGCCAAGAAGGCCUUUGACAACCCAGACUACUGGAACCACAGCCUGCCCCCACGGAGCACCCUCCAGCACCCGGAUUACCUGCAAGAGUACAGCACAAAAUACUUUUACAAACAGAACGGACGGAUCCGGCCCAUAGUGGCAGAGAAUCCCGAAUACCUCUCUGAGUUCUCCCUGAAGCCUGGCACUGUGCUGCCCCCACCGCCCUACAGACACCGGAAUACCGUGGUGUAGUGGCUGUGCUCUCACUCAAGUGGAAAGGCAAACCCCUUCUAGCUGCCUCACUCGUACUCUCUCACUCCCCCUUUCUCCCUGCCCUUGCCCGUCCUUCCUCCCUCCCUUCCCUCUCUUUCUCCCAUGAGCUUCCUCUUCUUGCCAGUUCACUCAUUUUUGAUAUUUCUAAGUGAAAGGAUGUCUUGGAGUUGGUUGCAGAUUGGGUUGGGAACCUGGAAGGAAGGAAGGAAGGGAAGAGACUGAAAGAAGGAGUGUACAACCUGGCCUUUCCCACUUUCAGCAGAUGCAGGGGGUUGGAUGCCCAGAGAAGCCAGGUGGUACCAGGACAGGCCAGUGGCAGUGCUGCUGUCGAGCUCGUUCACAGUGCUUCAACCAGACACUGUAGGGAAAGCCACAGAAAGGCUGAUUCCUUCAGCAGGAACUGAUGAGGGUCUGUACAGCAUUCCUGGAAAUCUCCAUGCAAUUUCCAUCAGGGCGAAAAAUGGACAAUUUUUAUAUCCUGUGUGAUAGCGUAGUAAUUGAGAUUGAGAAUCCAAUUUCUUUCUCUAACAGUUUCUAUCCCAGCAACUGGAAAUGGCUAACACAGCUUUUCAAAAACAUUCAGAUCUUCAUUGUGGCUUUCCAAGAAAUGAUGAUGUGACUCCCACAUACAGCUAAACCCUUCUUCUGAGCCACACCAUGAUUUCGUGCCAAUUCCCAGCCACAGAGACUCCUGCUCAGAACUGGUACCUGACAUGACCAUUUUUGUAUGUGUGCCAACACAACAAACACUUCAAACACAAAAUAUCAUUCAGAAGUGAGUAACAAAACCACACCUCCAAUAUGUUCCUUUUGAAGCUAAAAAAUCGGGCCAAGAAAUGAAGAUUUGUAUGCCAAAAGCUUUGCUUUCCUGUUUUAUACCUGCUGAUUAUAACCACUUCAAAAGAUUGUCACUAAUUCUUCCCUCUUUUUCUUCUUCGUGGUCAUGAAGGGAGCUGGGGAUGCUGUCAGGCAACACUGAGGACAAGACAGAGAGCUGAAGAGUCUGAUGUUCUAUGGGGUGGGGUGGGAAGGGUCCUUAAAACUGGAAGACAGACACUGGACUGGAGAAAACGCACAUAGCGGUUCACUGGAAAGUUAGUUUGCACUUAACCUCUGAUUUUAUUUGAACUGUUUUCUGGAUUUUGAAUGAAGCAAUAUGGAAGUGACCAGCAACAUACAAAAAUAAUAAUUUUAAAUUAAAAAAAAAAAAAAGAAAUAUAAAUUAUUUGUAAAGGGUGACUGUGGAAAUGCCAAAACGAAGCAAAUCAAGUCUUUGGAACAAUGUGUGCCACUUGUGAGAGGCCGAUGCAGUGACUGCUUCAGAGAAUACAGUGACAGAGCAGCCAGCUCUUCCUGCUGCUCUGUCAAGGACAGCAGAGCAAGCCCUGGAAAGGAUCAGGGGAGGCAAAUGUCCUGCUCUGGCUUGCAGCACAGCACAGAAUACCAUUUUUCUAAAAGGAGGAUUACUCUGGCACAGAAGACAGUGCAUAUGAGGUUUGAGAAGUCAAAAUGUGCAUGAUCUGCAGAGCUUUCUGUCAAAAAUGUAAAUAGGUAUGAGUCAGUCUCCUUGCACUUAGUUCUGCUUUUAUCAACCUCAGUUUUUAGGUAACACCCCCUGACCUGCUCCUCUUUGGAAAUCUCUUUCAAACCAGAGUUCUGGACGUUUUUAGUGACCUGGGGCAGAUGGAGCUGGGAAAGGAGGCGUAAGGGCCAGAGACACCAAGGCUUGCUUCUGGCACACCAAGACCGUGUGUCAGAGCAUUUGUGAGCCUACUUCCCACCAAACGUCUUAAGGAACUAUUAAGGAACCUCUGGAGAUCUGCCUGUCUCUGUCCAUCAGGGUUUUAAAGGGAAGAAACAAUACCUGGUGGAGAGCAAUGUCGGGUGAUGCAACAGUAUUUCAGUUUAUGCACCUCAGCUCUGCUAGGGCUGAGAUCUUUGGGGUUACCUAACCUGGCAACAAAACCAGCUACAGCCAGUGGUCUGGAAAUGGCAUCACCCUCCUCUAAAUCCCUACCAUUCCAACAGCUUGCCACCUUUAAUCUUAGGGAAGCAGAGGAAGGGAGUAAGAAACAAGCAAUAGUUACCUGAAGCUUGGUGGCUGCGGGUCAGCUUGACAAAGGUGUGAAGAGAUGUUAAACCUGGGUUGGUUGUUACCCUUGUAGGUGGAAAACAAACAGUGUGUGAUCACAAGGCUGGUUCAGCCAGCGAGCUGUUUGUGCACCAGGUGUGCCCAGGCCAGCUGCAACCAGGUGUGCAUCAAGCUGAAGGUUCUGAAAGCAGCAAGAACAGGUACAGUACACAGCUGAAGGUUCUGAAAGCAGCAAGAACAGAUCUUUGAGCUGUUCAAAGGAGAUCUUGGGUCAAGUGGUUUGUGGUGGUGAGACCAAAUGGC